AUGGCAGUUGAAGCCCUCCUGACACAUUCCUUUGAGUCUGCAUUUUCUCCCCUCCUGCAGAAUGCCAUGCAGAUUGUUGGCUUCUUGGGCGAUGAAGUUGUGUUGGUGCUGGAGGUGGUGGCUGCAGUGUUAAAACUGGGAAACAUUGAAUUCAAGCCAGAGUCUCGAGUAAACGGCUUAGAUGAGAGCCGAAUCCAAGACAAAAAUGAGCUGAAGGAGAUCUGUGAGUUACUGGGCCAAGAUCAGGCUGUGCUGGAAAGAGCCUUUAGUUUCCGAACUGUGGAAGCAAAACAAGAGAAAGUUUCAACAACCUUAAAUGUGGCCCAGGCUUAUUAUGCACGUGAUGCGUUGGCAAAAAACCUUUAUAAUCGCUUGUUCACUUGGCUUGUGAGCAGAAUCAAUGAGAGCAUUAAGGCACAAACCAAAGUGAGGAAGAAGGUGAUGGGAGUGUUAGACAUCUAUGGUUUUGAAAUUUUUGAAAAUAACAGUUUUGAACAAUUCAUCAUUAACUAUUGCAAUGAGAAACUGCAGCAAAUCUUCAUUGAGUUAACUCUGAAGGAAGAACAGGAGGAGUACAUCAAAGAGGGAAUUGAAUGGACUCACAUUGAGUACUUCAACAAUGCCAUCAUCUGUGAGCUGAUUGAAAACAAUACAAAUGGAAUCCUGGCAAUGCUUGAUGAAGAAUGCUUGCGGCCUGGGACAGUGACAGAUGAGACCUUCCUAGAGAAACUUAAUCAAGUCUGUGCUGUACAUGAACGCUUUGAAAGCAGAAUGAGCAAAAGUUCUCGUUUCCUUAAUGAUACUACUUUGCCUCACAACUGCUUCAGGAUCCAGCAUUAUGCUGGCAAGGUGAUGUACCACGUGGAAGGAUUUGUGGAUAAAAACAAUGAUCUGCUGUAUCGCGACCUGUCCCAGGCCAUGUGGAAGACUAACCAUGUGUUAGUCAAAUCUCUCUUCCCCGAAGGAAAUCCGGCAAAGAUGUCCUUGAAGAGGCCACCUACAGCUGGUUCACAAUUCAAAGCUUCUGUUGCAACUUUGAUGAAAAAUUUACAGACCAAAAAUCCCAACUAUAUCAGAUGCAUCAAGCCAAAUGACCAGAAAGCUCCACAUGUCUUUGCUGAGGGUUUAGUGCGUCACCAGGUCAGGUACCUGGGGCUGAUGGAGAAUGUGCGUGUGCGACGAGCAGGAUAUGCUUUCAAGCAGCCUUAUGAGUCCUGCCUGGAGAGAUACAAGAUGCUCUGUUCACAGACGUGGCCCCACUGGAGGCAAGGCUCAAGGGACGGUGUUAAAGUGCUGCUGACGGAACUUCAGAUCCCUCCCGAAGAGUUUUCAUAUGGUAGAUCAAAGAUAUUUAUUCGAAAUCCCAGAACGCUGUUUGAGCUGGAAGAUCUGAGAAAGCGCCGUCUGGAAGAUUUGGCAACGCUUAUUCAGAAGAUCUAUCGUGGCUGGAAAUGCCACACUAACUUCCUGUUGAUGAAGAAGAGCCAGAUCAUUAUUUCAGCUUGGACUAAGAGGCAUUUUCAACGGAAAAAAUAUCUACAACUCAAGAGUGUGACAUUAAUUAUCCAGUCGUACAUCAGAGGCUGGAAGGCACGAAAGCUGUUGCGAGAACUGAAACAUCAGAAACGUUGCGAGGAGUCGGCUACAACAAUUGCUGCUUAUUGGCGAGGUUUUCAGGCGCGGAGAGAAUUGAAACGCCUGAAGGAAGAAGCCAGGCGUAAACAUGCGGUUGCUGUCAUUUGGGCUUACUGGCUUGGACUCAAGGUUCGCAGGGAAUACAGAAAAUUCUUCCGUGCAAAUGCAGGCAAGAAGAUCUAUGAAUUUACCAUUCAAAGAAUUAUGCAAAAGUACUUCUUGGAACUGAAGAAGAAGCUGCCGUCAAUGUCCCCAACAGAGAAGACCUGGCCUCCGCGACCAUAUCUUUUCUUGGAUGAUACUCACACUGAGUUGAAGAGGAUCUUCCACCUAUGGAGGUGCAAGAAAUACAGGGAUCAGUUCACAGAACAAAAGAAAGCUAUUUUUGAAGAGAAGCUCGAGGCGAGUGAACUUUUCAAGGAUAAGAAGGCAUUGUAUACUAACAGUGUUCAGCAGCCUUUCCAAGGUGAUUAUCUGGAAAUCAGUAAGAAUCCCAAAUACCAGAAGCUGAAUGGUGCUGUGGAAGAGAAAAUUGUGCUGGCGGAUGUUGUAAACAAAAUUAACCGAGCUAAUGGCAAGGGAGCUCCAAGAAUCUUCCUAUUAACCCAAAGUAACUUCAUCUUGGCUGAUCAAAAAUCAGGCCAGAUCAAAUCCACCAUUCCAGUGAAUGACAUCACCAGUGUGUCUGUUAGCAAACAGACAGAUGGACUCUUUGCUGUGCACCUCAAAGAGGUAUUGAAUGAUUUCACCUGUCAGUGA